CUCAAAAACUUUUCUUAAAGGACUCGAAACCUCCCCCUCUCUCUUUCUCUCUCUCUCGUUCGAGAUGGCCCAAAGGUUGGAAGCAGAAGGAAAUAAGAAUUUUAAAGGCAAAUCUAAGUGGGAUGAUGGAUCCGACAAAGAUGAUAUAGGAAAAAUAUCAGUAAGAUGUGAAGAUGGAGGCAUAACGUACAUCCGAUUCGACUAUAUCAAGAGUGGACAACCGCAAUAUAAUACAUUCCCAGGAAACCCGGGUAGAGGUAUCCUCCAGACGUUUGACAUUAACCACAAAAAUGACGAACAUCUUGAAUCGGUUGAGGGUUAUUACGAUCCAAAGUCAGAUGCGAUUAAAGGACUUCAAUUCAAAACCAACAUGAGGAUUUCCGAACUGAUAGGAUAUGCAAACGAUGGUGCUACUAAGUUUUCACUAGCUGUGGAAGGAAAGAAGAUCAUCGGAUUUCACGGAGCAUACAACACAUACCUUAACUCUCUUGGAGCAUACGUUACUUGGAUUGUUCCAACUAAAUUGAAAGCAAAAGGUGGAAAAGGAGGCAAGGAGUGGAACGAUGGAGCCGACCAUGAAGGUAUUACAAAAAUAUAUGUACGAGGUGGUUAUGAGGGUUUACAGUACGUCAAAUUCGAUUAUAUCAAGGAUGGGCAACAAAUAUAUGGGUCACCCCAUGGUGUUAGGGGUAGAGGUUUUACAGAGCUGUUUGAGAUUAACCAUCUCGACAAGGAAUAUUUGAUUUCUGUUGAAGGCUACUAUGACGAAGGGGAAUCCGGGGUCAUUCAAGGAAUUCAAUUCAAAACUAAUAUCAGGACUUCUGAAUUGAUGGGAGACAACAGAGGUAGGAAAUUUUCCCUUGCAGCCAAUGGAAAGAAGAUUAUCGGGUUUCAUGGAUAUGCUGAGAAGAAUCUAAACUCUCUUGGAGCAUAUUUCACAACUUCUCCUUUUACAAAACUGGAAGUUGGUACUACUUCGGCUGAUCUUUGGGAUGAUGGUACUUUUGAUGGCAUAAGAAAUGUUUACAUUCACUAUGAUGGCGAUGCUGUAUGUUGUGUCGAGGUCGACUAUGACAACAAAGGCAAAGUGGAAAAGCGUGAGCAUGGAAUAAUGAUUGCACCCUUCAUAGAAAGAGGAGAGUUUGUGGUGGACUAUCCUAAUGAAUUUAUCACAUCUGUGGAGGUGACUAUAUCAAAACAAAAUGAUUCGCCAGUUCCGUCAUUGACUUCCGAAACAGUUGCGUCAUUGACUUUCAAAACAUCAAAAGGGAGAACUUCUUCAACAUUUGGAAGUCCGGCUACUAAAAAAUUUGUGCUUCAGAGCAAAGGUUGUGGCGUUGUUGGGUUCCUUGGACGGUCCAGUUAUUAUACUUAUGCGCUUGGAGCACAUUUCUGUCCGUUACCACCUCUUCCUGACGGAGAAAAAGUAGAAGCAAAAGGGGGUGAUGGAGGAGCUUCUUGGGACGAUGGCCGUUUUGAUUGCAUUAGAAAAAUAUACAUAGGACACAGCGAAAUGGGUAUCGCAUUCGUCAAGUUUCUCUACGACAAAGACAAUAAGGUCGUGGUCGGAGAUGAUCAUGGGAGCAAGACAUUACUUGGAGUUGAUGAGUUUGAGUUGGAGCAUCCAGAUGAAUACCUUAUAUCUGUCGAGGGUAGUUAUGAUGUAGUUGAUGGAAGUGAAUCUGAAGUUAUACGCAUGCUUAGGUUCAAGACUAAUAUGCGUACCUCUCAACUCUUUGGACACGAGACAACAUCAAACUUCACACUCCAGAAGGAAUGUCACAAGAUCGUCGGGUUCCAUGGAAAAAUAGGUGAGAUGCUUCAUCAAAUUGGGGUCCAUGUCCUACCCAUUACAGAUUGAGCUCAAAAUGAAACAUUCUCGAGCAAGUUUGUUCAUGUUCUUUAAUUAUCUCCUAUCAUGUACUCUACUACAUAUUAUUUCCUUAUGCUUUAUGGCUUGUACGUAUUCCCCAUUUUCAUGUAAUAAUAAAACAAAGAUUGCUUUUAAAAUUCAG